GGAAUUUGUCUGAUGUCUCUAUUAAAUCACCUAAAAGAUGAUUUUUAGUUAAUUUGGAAGCGUGUAACUCGUAACAAAGCGUGUGUGAGUAAAAUUAACGGAGUUCUGCUGCUUAUUGUGUAAUGAGAGCCGGAUAGAGACUGAAGCUCCGCCUCAUAAACUAAUUUACACUGUUUUACACUCAUUUACACCCUCAGAGUCGGUGUGAAGGGCGGCUAUCUGUCCUCAUUAGCGGAUGUCAGCAGAUCUGCGGCUUUAUUCUCUGGUUUUUAGCGCUGUUUGUUGAGUGUGUUUGAGGCCGGCGUGAGUUUCAAUGACGCCAUGAUGUUAUUUUUACCCGAUGAGCUCACGAGCGCCGAACUCACUCAAACUUCACGAGCGGCGAACUGACCAGCUCUAACUAGCAUAACUAGCCACCCGCUCAUCUCCAGCGGGGCUAGCACUCAUCCGGUCAUCUUCAUCUGUGGAUUUACUGUAAGAUGAGACGGACUGAAACGUUCAUGCAGGAGAUCUUCAUGAUGGAGCUCAGCGGUCAGGAGCUGUCGCUCGUCUGUGGAGCCCCUGUGAUGGUGUGAAAGAAACUCCCAUCAGCCACUGCACCCCAAACACACACACACACACACACACACAAAGUGAGUUUUUCCUCUGGAGUUUCCUCUGGCUUUUUCUCACACGUUUUUAGGCCGCCACCAGAGUGACAUCAUCCGCUGCUACAAUGGGGCCGUUGAUCUCCUGAGGGUCCGCCGGCAGCAUCACUGAGACAUAGAGACUGUUAGCGCAGAGAAAGACUGAGGGAUUGUGGGUAUGUGUGAGUGCACGGCACGGCCCAUCGGGGCCGAGGGUCUGGUGGCUCUGCUGGAGGGCGGCCUGGACCACGUGCUGCUGAUCGACAGCCGACCGUUCGUGGAGUAUAACGCGUGUCACAUCCUGGAGGCCGUGAACGUCAACUGCUCCAAACUGAUGAAGAGGAGAUUACAGCAGGACAAGAUCCAGAUCAGUGAACUCCUGCAGCACUCGGCCAAGAGGAAGCUGGAGCUCCAGGGUCAAGAGGUCGUAGUGUAUGACCAGAGCUCGUCUGACCCCGCCUCCCUCUCAUCAGAGGCCUUUCUCAGCGUCCUAUUGGCCAAGCUGGAGAAGAGUUUCCCAUCGGUCCACCUGCUCUCAGGUGGUUUUGUGGCCUUCUCGCACCUGUUCCCGGGUCUGUGUGAAGGGAAGUCCACGCUGGUGCCGUCAUGCAUCUCUCAGCCCUGUCUCCCGGUCAGCAGCAGCGGGCCGACACGGAUCCUGCCACACCUGUACCUGGGCUGCCAGAGAGACGUGCUCAACAAGGAGCUCAUGCAGCAGAACGAUAUCGCUUAUGUGCUCAACGCCAGCAACACCUGCCCCAAACCAGACUUCAUCCCCGACUCGCAUUUCCUUCGCGUGCCGGUCAACGACAGCUUCUGCGAGAAGAUCCUGCCCUGGCUGGACCGAUCCGUGGAGUUCAUAGAGAAAGCCAAGGCCAGUAACGCCAGAGUCCUGGUGCACUGUCUGGCGGGAAUCUCUCGCUCGGCCACCAUCGCCAUCGCCUACAUCAUGAAGAGGAUGGACAUGUCGUUAGAUGAAGCGUACAGGUUCGUGAAGGAGAAGCGGCCGACCAUCUCGCCCAACUUCAACUUCCUGGGUCAGCUGCUGGACUUCGAGAAGAAGCUGAAGAGCGCGAGUGACGCGCCGCUCAAACCCCGACCGCCGCCGGACGAGCAGAAGCCGGAGCCGCUGACGAUGCCCUGCGUUCUGGCUGGCGUCCCCGAGGAGCAUCUUCUGGCCCAGGCGCUCUGCAGCCUUCAGCUCGGCGAGGAACCGGAGGAGAACGUCCGGCCCAAACGCUCCUUCUCCCUGGACAUCAAGUCGUACGGCGAGCCCGGAGCGUCUCUGCGAGCGUUUCCCGUCGGCGAACCCUGCCAGUUCUCACCAGUGCAGGAGGUUUCGGAGCAAAGUCCGGCUGAAGAUCAGGCGAAUAAAAUACUCCAACGUAGCGGCAGCGUGGAUGGAGCUCCGUCUAAAACGGCCGAAGCGCUAAAAGGCUGGCACUCAGACAUCGUCCUCGGACCCGUAACCGGAAGCUGGUUCCUCUCCUCCGAGUCGGCCCGCUUCUACGGCUGCGCUCCGGGUCUGGAGGCGGUGAGGAGACGCGGCCGGCAGCGCAGCGGAGACGGAGGAGACUCACGCAGGAGCUGGCACGAGGAGAGCAGCUUCGAGAAGCAGCUGAAGCGCAGGAGCUGCCAGAUGGACGGCAUGACGGACAGCCGAUCCCGAGAGGAAAUGACCAAGAGGAGCAGCCAGUCCAGCUUCUCCGGCAGCAUGGAAAUCAUCGAGGUCUCCUGAGGACUCAUUUUGUUUCUUUGCUUUGUUCUCAUUCAGAUUUGGACUCUGCACGGACACAUGCAUGAAGGUGGAGAGUCUCUCUGAAGGCCAGACAUCCAGUGCCUCGCAAUACAAAUUAAGGGCAGACACUGCAGGCAAAAACACUUUUUUCAUGCACCUGUUUUUUUCAGACUAGUGGAAAGAAAACAUCCAAAAGACACUGUUAAGUGUUUCUUUUAUUGCACUUUAUCUAUUUGUGUCAAUAGCAAUUGUAUUGUUCAAUUACAAUACAAAUUUUUAAAGGCCGUUUUCUCAAAAUGAGUUUUUUCUCUUACACUGAGCCAUAAAUCUCCUCUUCAGCAGCACUUACACCAAACUUUUCAUUUUUAUUCCUGCCUAUAUUGGGUUUUACAGAGGGAUUUGUUCAUAUAUAAUUUUCUUGAUUAUAUACAACAUUUUAAUCCCCCAAAAAUUGUGAAAAUAUAGUGUUUUCUGUCCGUUCUAUGCAUUUUCUGAAUUAUGGAGUGACAAAAAUUAGAUACCCAAAAUUCCCUCUGUAAAAACUAAUUUUGACUCUAAUAUGUCCAAAAAAUUAAACAAGAAUUUUGAAACUGACAUCAUCCAGUGUUUAGAUUUUUGUACUAGAAAUUAGCGCAUAUUUCAUUAAAUAAUGACUCAUUUGCAUAUCUAAACAUAACAUUUUAGAAAACUUGUAAUGCAAAAAAUGUUUGCAAUUAUCAAUGUAAUCAGUUAGCUGGGUAAGGCAAUAACUAUUAGUUAUUUUUUUUACCCUAUUCACCUACAGUGUCUCGCCUUAAGGCAAGACACUACAGAUAAACAGGACGCACUUUAACCCCAUAAGUGUCACCCCCAUUUUUGAACAUAGACGUGAAAGUGCACGAUCCAAACUUAAAUUGUUAUAAUUCAUGAACGCUUUGGAAUACAGACCUAAGGUUUACAGACUACAGAAUACAGACCUCUUUUUUAAUAAGACAAUCUGCAGAUUACUGCAGAAGUGGAAUCAUUUCAAAAUAUUAAAGUAUCAAAAAGUUAUAGAAGUUUAAAUUUACUGUAAAGAAAAUGCACUGUAGCAAUUUUUAUUUUAUUUUAUAUUUUAUUACAAAAUAUUUUUGAAUCCAAAAUUGCUAUAAAAUGAAAGGCUUAUGUCUAAAUAAGUUAUGCUCCAAAUUUGAAGUUGAUAUAAAAAAAUGUAUUUAGGGUGUUAUACCACAAACAGCCACCGGGUGCCAUCAAAACUCCAUUUAAUGUAUUUUGAUGCAUUUUUCUAUCACAAAUGUCUCAAUUUCUCUGUCAAUAUUAAUAUUUUCAAAAAAUAACAUCUAAAAUGACUGUAAUACAUUUUGUAAUAUGACACCUGACUCCACCCACUAAGGGGAGGAGACCGCUAAAAGAUAUUAAAGUACCAUUUCCAUGGUAACGCAAAGUCUGAUUUAAAAAUGGUUUUAAGCUUUCAAAUGAUAUAUCAUUUAUAAUGAUUACUAAAAUAUGUGAUAGAGAAAAAGACAACGAAAAAAAGUACUUAAGGGGUUUAAUAUACAGACAAACCAAAAUUGAUUCAGACACCUUCAACAUUUCUCACAUUAUAUCACAGUUUAUUCGCUAUAGUUUAGAAAAUGGUAAUAAAAUAUGACAAGAACUCAGAGUUAAACUGUGUCAGAACAAAUUGAUCUUGAUAAAGUCAGAUAACUUUGAUAGAAAGGUAUAUAAUGAAUUCGGUUGAAUAGCUGUCAGCUGUUAAAAAAAUAAGUGCACAAUUAGAUAAAACCAAUUUAGCUCAACUAAUUACCAAGCAAUGCUUCACUUUGUUCAGUCUGUGUGUAAAAAGAUUAUAUCUGGAAUCUGAAUAAUUUUUGGUUUGACUGUACAUCACCAGCUGAUUGAUUACAUCAAGAAUUACAAAUAUUAAAUAUACAUAUAUUUAAAAAUUUAAUUUACAUGCAUAAUUCAAUGUCAGAAUUAGUUCUAUAAUUAAAUAUGGGCUAAUUUGCAUACAUUUCCAGCACAUUUAAUAAAUCCAUGUUGAAUAUUCUCGUUUGAUUUUGCUAACAUUAAAGUUUUAGACUCCCCUUUUUAUCAGAAAAUACUGUCAACAGACAGAAAGCAAUGACGUCUUCACCAAGUGUGAAUGAUGCAUGAACAAACCCCUCACUAAAGGCCUUCAGAAUAUAGAUAGGAAUAAAACUGUAAAGUUUGGUGCAUGUAAGAGAAAAAACUCUUCAAAGAUAUGGAUUGCACUUGGAAUCUACAGACGCAUAUAUAAACUAAAGUGCAAUAAAAUACACGCUUACAUUUUGGAUGUUUUAGUCUACUAGUCUCAAAGAAGAAGCGAAAUAGAGCUCAAAACUGAGCAAUGCUGUAGUGUCUUGCCUUAAGAGCGUCUUUUGAUGUAUUUUUGACAUGCAUGUGUUGAAUUAUGAUCUCAGGAAGCUGCGAAUCUGUUGGAGAUCUAGAAUCAAACACACACACACACACUUUCCAUCAAAGUUGAACAGACGUGACGCCUCUGUUUCUCUGAUUCACUGAUGCUGCAUCCAAAACCCUUGAACCUCCAGCAGCUUCUUCACACGAGACGUCAGACCUGAUGAGACACAGACGAGAAACACUUCAUUAGUCUGAGCACUUUACAGCCAGAAACCCUCUCUCCUUCAUUGGUGCUUUAGUGUGGAACAAAUGAUCCAGAACAGUGUUGAUGUUCAUAGACUCAUACUGAGCUGUGCUGGUUUAUUGAGCUGGUUUACCUUCUUAAAGGCUCGUCAGAGGUCAUGAACUUGUGCCUCAGCAUUGAAUCGGCUAAAAGACUCCUUCAGACCGUCCUGAAAACAUCUUCCUCUGAUCUGCGUUUGAUGACUUUGAACAGAAUCAGAGUUUCCUAAAGCUGUGAAAAUUGAGCUGAAGACAGAACGAAUCAGAAGCAGAAGAGUCUCUGAAUCACAUGCUUUUACACAGGCCUCAAAUCUACAGUGAUCAAUGUUUUAUAUUUUUACAAUAAAGUCAAAUGACUGAUAUAAUCAUUCAUAAGACAGAUCAGCCAUUAUUUUUGUGAUUCGUGUCUCGGAUGGUACUGCUGUGAGAGCGUUUCUGGAGAUAUUAAUCAGUAGCUGUUUAUUGAUUGUUGAAAUAAAACACAAGUGGUACUUGAA